AUGAGUUACUAUAUUCCGAGAUGGUGGUUUCUGUUGUGCAUUUUAUCAUCCAUUUUGAGUAUAGGGAUCUCAUCGAUGUCCAUUAUGGGCCAGUUUCUUAAUUACAGGAAACCUUUGGAACAAAGGUUGGUAAUUAGAAUUCAGUUGAUGGUCCCACUGUUUUGUGUGACGUGUCUGCUUGCAUGCGUAAUACCUCAACUAGCACUUAUCUGGAUAGAUCCAGUACGGGAGAUUUAUGAAUCAUUUGUCAUUUACACGUUCUUUUCUCUGCUAACGUUGAUAUUAGGAGGAGAGAGAAAAAUAAUCACUGAACUCUCAAUGGGUAAGCCACCAACGCGGCAUCCGAUUUUUCUUCUGGGCCGCUGGCUACCCCCAGUGGACAUGUCUGACCCUAACGAUUUUCUAACAGUGAAGAGAGGUAUCCUUCAAUAUGUAUGGUUCAAGCCGCUGUAUUGUUUAGGAACCAUGAUUUCCAUCAACUAUAACUGGCAUCCCGAAUUUUGGAUGCCUUUUUGGGCCUUAUCUUACAAUGUUUCGGCCACUUUAUCACUCUAUAAUCUGGCUCUAUUCUGGAAGUGCCUUUAUGGAGAGCUCAAACGCUACAACCCGUGGUCAAAAUUCUUGUGCGUCAAGCUCAUUAUUUUUGCUUCGUAUUGGCAGGGAAUAAUCAUUACCUUAUUGAGCAAGUGUGGUUUUAUAAGACACGAUCCAGAAGUGGACUACGGCUACGUUUAUCAAAACGCGGUUUUGUGCGUUGAAAUGAUAGGGUUUGCUCUAGGACAUUUAAUUGCAUUUAAUUGGUCUGCUUAUAGUUCCAAGAGUAUUCCUAAAGGAUCUAGGGUACGAUUUUUUUACGCAUUGAGGGACUGCUUUGGGUUUGGGGACUUGAAAUGGGAUUUUAAGAUAACAUUUAUGGGAAACUUGUACAAUUACCGUCAUUUUAAUUCUGCAGAGGCUAUAGUAGCCCAUAGAGACGCUCGGUCGCGGUUGGGACGUCUACAGGCCGGCUUCAGGUAUUCAAGUGGUGAUCGAGGCAAUUAUUGGGUAAAUGAAGCUGAUUCUUCGUCUCAGCAAAGUUCCUCUUACGGUAGUGUUGAACAAAACGAACCGUGGAUCGACAUUACUCAGAACAGUUAUAUACCAGAAGAUCCUAAUUACCCAGUAAUUUGGGAUGUCGAUGCUCACAAGUAUAGUAGGGAUAUGGAGGCGCUGCGUCAAAACGUCAGACAGUCUUAUGCAUCUCCUUAA